AUGGGUCCGAAAAGAAUCUCGGUGACGCAACUUAAGGCCGAACUAAGGAAGCGGGGCUUGCCAAUCAGCGGGAAGAAGGCAGAUCUUAUAGCUCGCCUAAAUCAAAACGACCUGAACGGAGAUUGGUUAAACGGAAUUCAGACCGGAACCUCAGAUACCGCUCCGGAUAGUACGGGAUCGGACGAGUACGAGGAGGUGGAAGACGAGGACGGAAAACAAGAGGAAGAAAGAAUGGAAGGUCGAAAUACAGCAGAGAACGGAAAUCGGCCGAGAGGUCGUAGAGAUAACAAUGUAAGUGUCGGAAGAUUAGAGCGUCAAUAUCACGAUAUGCAACUCGAGUUCGAACGACGUGACAACGAGCUAUUAAGAAGAGAGCUAGAAAUUGCUCGUCGAGAAAACGAACAAUUACGUCGAGUUACGCCACCAAUGGUAGAAGUACCACUUAAGAGAGAAAAUAUCAGUGCUAUGUUAGAACUGGUAGGAUUUUUUGAUGGAAGUGCUGGCACGUUCAGGAAGUGGGAACAACAGAUUAGGCAACUGUGUGCAACGUAUCGCCUGGACGAUGACCGAGCCAAGCUGUUAGUCAGCAAUAAGUUGAAAGGUAAAGCGAAGUCGUGGUUUCAAGCAGAAAACACGAUUACCAUGACUCUCGAUGAAAUAAUGGAUGGAUUUAGGAGAAUGUAUGACCAUCGUCCAACACGUGUAGCGCUGAGAAAAAAAUUCGAGGCGAGAGAAUGGAAAUCAUCUGAGAAUUUCGCAGACUAUUUCCACGAUAAGGUAAUACUGGCUAAAAACGUUCCCAUUGAUGAAGAAGAAAUGGUCGAUUAUUUAAUUGAUGAUAUUCCGAGCGACCAUCUGCAAGAUCUAGCAAGAAUGAAGGAAUUUUCGAAGAAAGAAGACAUGCUGAGAGUAUUCGAGAAAAUAUCAUUACGAUCAACUGCAAAAAGUAAUUUUAAACGUGAUUCGCGAUCAACAAAUAAGCAAGAUACUAAGCUACAAGCGGAACUAUCAAAAGAUGGCGAGAAGAAAGAAGAAAAACAAGAAAAGAGCGAGGAAAAGAAAUCAAAGAAACCUCGCUGUUACAAUUGCAACAAAUUUGGACAUCUGGCGGUCGAUUGUCAACAGCCAAAGCGCGAGAAAGGCUCGUGUUUUAGAUGCGGGGUGAUGGGUCAUGCAGUUAAGGACUGCCCGUCAAAGGCUGCACCAUCAGCGGACGUUGCAGUCGUCGACGACGUCGAUACCCAAGUCUGCUCUGUUAUGAACGACAUGGAGAAAGAGGGGGCAUUUUUCGAGUACAUAGAUUAUGAAAUUAGUCAACCUAAAAUAGGUCAGAAAAUUAGACUUAAUACCUUAAUGGAUACAGGUAGUAAAAUUAGUUUUGUAAAAGAAAGCAUAGUUCCGAGAGAUGCAAUACAGUUACUUGAUAAGUUUUCAGGAAAUUAUUAUGGUAUUAAUCACUCAUUAUUACAGGUAGUUGGAUACGUCAAACUAAAUAUUACAUUCAAAGAUGAAACAAUAGAUGAUCAAACAGUAUUAGUUGUUCCAGACACAACUAUGACUAGUCCAGUAAUAUUAGGACGUGAUACGCUAAAGAGGUUUGGAUUACGCUUAAGGAAGAUGGAAAGCCAGGCAAUAGAUGAUCUUCUAAAUGUAGAGAUAAGUGAUUCGCGUGAUAUAGCAUUAGAUUCUUUAAAUGUAAGCACUGAGAUACCUUGCGAUGUACAGCUUAAUCUGCGAGAACUUUUUAAAUCUGAGUACAUUGAGCCCAAGAGACCGAGUAUUCCGAGAGUCGAUAUGGAGUUAAAGUUAUAUUUGUCAGACAACAAACCGUUUCAUUUCAAUCCGCGUCGAAUGUCAGCUUUUGAAAAGGAAAAGCUAAGGAAAAUAUUAGAUGAAUUACUGGAAAGACACAUAAUUCAACCUAGUAAGUCCGAAUUUGCUUCACCAAUUAUUUUAGUAAAAAAGAAAAACGGAGACUCUCGACUCUGCGUUGAUUAUAGAGUACUCAACAAAGUCUUACGUAGAGAUAAUUAUCCUCUCCCUAUAAUUGAAGACCACAUUGAUUCCCUCAGAGACAAAAAAUAUUUCAGUAUACUAGAUCUGAAAGAUGGGUUUUUCCACAUUAAGGUUGCGGACGAAUCAAUAAAAUAUACUGCAUUUACGACGCCUUUCGGAAUAUUCGAAUAUCGGCACAUGCCAUUUGGACUCAAGGUCGGGCCAGCAAGGUUUCAGAGAUUUGUAAACGAAGCACUAGCAGAGCAAAUUAGAAGCGGAGAUAUAGUCGUUUAUAUGGAUGACGUAUUAGUUGCGACGGUCACUGUAGAUCAUCAUUUCAAAGUGUUAAAACAGUUAUUUAAGUGCCUAGUAGAAAAUCUGUUGGAGCUCCGUAUCGACAAAUGCAGAUUUUUAUGUACAGAAGUAGAAUUUUUGGGUUAUCGCAUAUCAGAGAGCGGAGUUAAACCGAAUAAAGCGGGAGUUAAUGCAAUUGAAAAUUAUCCAACUCCGGAUAAUAUAAAAAGCUUACAACGCUUCCUCGGGAUGAUAGCGUAUUUUCGGAAAUUUAUUGAGGGUUUCUCCGUCAUAGCGAAACCGUUAUACGAUCAGCUUCGAAAGAACGUAGAAUUUAUGUUCGGAGAACAACAGUUUCAGGCAUUCCAAUCACUAAAAAAAAGGUUACUCGAGGCACCUAUACUUAGUAUAUAA